GCCCGUGAUCUACAAGGCUGAAUAAAUAACCCCGAGUCCCUGCGGUGCGUGUGAGCAGCGCUCACCUCCGUAAUUGAAAUGCAUUCAGAGAGAACUUGAGUUUUACCUUCCUAAUUCAUUCCCAGGACUGCAAGAGACUUUUUUUCUUCCUUUUUUUUUCCCCCCUUCAUUGCAAAGUGAGCUUUCAGUCCGUGGCAGCCUGCUAACUGCUUGCCCUGCAAAGUCCUUUGAUUCUGACGAUGUUGAAGGUUUAUGGCAGCUUGGGGGGUUAUAUAUGUGUUAUGCUCUUUGCUUGAAGCUGUAUUUGGAAAACACAGACCUACUGUGGAGGUGCUUCGUGUUUUUGCUAAGCCCAUCACUGAUGGCACUGGCUGGAUGGAGGUUGGAAAAGCUCAAAUCACAGCAAGCUCCUGGCUCUGCAUUCAUGCUGGAUGCAUUCACGUCCCGCCAUGUGAGCACCAGAGCAAUCCUGGAGGACUUUUUCUGCACCAAGGGGAGCUACAGAACAACCCCAGCAGCAUCUGAACUCUCUCAGCUGAGAUUCAGUGGACCCCAUAGGGCUCUGCAGGGGCUUAGAGCAUCCCCACCGCCUUUGCUUUCGGAUGGCAGGGAACAAGGGGAGCUUGCAACCAGCAGGAGCUUUGCAGCACAGCAAGUGCCAGAAACUGAAACAUGUAAGGACAACACUGAGGAAGAAGAGGGAGAAAUUCAGCAAACUUUCUGGGUUGACACCAGGACUGCUACGAGAUCCAAUCCUCUUUUAUCUCGUGGGAGAGGGCUGUGCUUGCAGGCUGCUGCUAGAGGGCAUCAAAGCACAACGCAGCCCCUGACAGCUUCACUCGGGCUGCAGGGGGGUCGGAGGUCUUCAGCAGGACACGUUUGGUUUGCUCGGAGGACUGCCUGGUACCCACUGACAGCUGCAUGGGAUGAAGGAGGUUUGUGCAUGGAACGUCUGAUACCGAUACAGGUGAGGAGGGAAGCAGUGCGUGGGGGUGCUGAGCUUGGAGAAGCUCUGCAGGAGGGAAGCAGCGCCGGGAGCAGAGCCCUUUCUGCAUCACCUGCACGUUCUCAUCUCGAGAUCCGCGGGGAAUGCGAAGAAAGCCGCCUUAGGAUGCGGGUAAAAUGUUGGGCACAGGGAUCUGCUUCGGGCAUCACCAGAGAGGGGCAGGAGAAGCUGUGUGUGCAUUCCAAGGGCUGCACUGCCACCUCCAGGUCUGCACAGUAAUGCAUCUUUUUGUUACUGUUCUUCAGCUCUGGGAUAAAAAAAAGGAGGAGAAAAGGGUUAUGAAAAUACCAAGGGUGUCUUUUGUCACUGCUGACCACGGAGGUGAGGUUUGGGGUUGUUCCAUGCUGUGAGAGGUGCGCUACCACUGCUCCCAUCUGCAGCUCGCACAGCUGCGGCUCCGGUGCCGUCCCCGUUCCGCGCUGCGGAGGGGUUGGAGAAAGGAGCAUUCAACUACUUGCAGUGCUUUUUAAUCCCUUUUUAAUUGUAGAUGAAAGUCCGCACGAUCUCUCUUUCCGUAAGAAUUUCCCACUGCAGAACGGUGUGAGAAACCGGGCGUUUCUACGAGAUGACGGCGUUCUUUUGUUAUUAUUUUUUAUUUUGAGCUCA